ACAUUUCUGUGGUAUCAUACUCUUCUCCACUCUUGCCUUUCAACUUCCCAUUUUUAUAAAAAUCACAUCAAAAAAUCAAGAAUUCUUGAUUCCAUACAUUUAAACUUGAUUGUCAUUCAUCCAAAAGUUAAUAAAAAAAUUUGUGACAAUAAUUGUAGGGUGAUCAUGGGAGAUGGUGUGGUGGAUAACAACAAUGGUGGUGUUCAAGGAUGUCAACUUGUUACCCCUUGGAACAUGUCCAUUUCCAGUGGACAUACAUUGUUGCGCGACCCGCGCCAUAACAAAGGGCUAGCUUUCACCGAAAGAGAACGACAUGCUCAUUACUUAACCGGGCUUCUUCCUCCUAUAAUAUCCACACAAGAACUCCAAGAGAAGAAAGUGAUGCAAAUGAUCCGCCAAUACGAGGUUCCUUUGCAAAGAUACAUAGCUAUGAUCGAUCUUCAGGAGAGAAACGAACGACUGUUUUACAAGAUUUUAAUAGAUCAUGUGGAGGAACUACUUCCUGUUGUUUACACUCCAACGGUCGGUGAAGCGUGCCAGAAAUUUGGGAGCAUUUUCCGGCGUCCACAGGGACUUUACAUCUCUUUAAAAGACAAAGGGCAGGUUCUUGAGGUGCUGAGAAACUGGCCUGAGAGAAACAUUGAAGUGAUUGUUGUGACUGACGGUGAGCGGAUAUUGGGCCUCGGCGAUCUUGGUUGCCAGGGAAUGGGUAUACCAGUAGGAAAACUUUCUUUGUACACCGCGCUUGGAGGAGUUCGACCUUCGGCUUGCUUGCCUAUCACUGUUGACGUUGGGACAAACAACCAGAAGCUGCUUGACGACGAAUUCUACAUUGGUCUCAAACAAAAUCGAGCACGAGGAGAGGAGUAUGAUGAGUUGUUAGAGGAGUUUAUGAAGGCAGUCAAGAUAAACUAUGGAGAAAAAAUCCUUAUCCAGUUUGAAGAUUUUGCGAACCACAACGCGUUUUCAUUGCUUAAUCGAUACCGCACAACUCAUCUUGUUUUUAAUGAUGAUAUACAGGGUACUGCAUCUGUUGUUCUUAGUGGUUUGCUUUCGGCUUUGAAGUUACUUGGCGGCACCCUAUCCGAUCAUACGUUCUUAUUUCUAGGUGCUGGAGAGGCUGGUACGGGAAUUGCAGAACUUAUAGCGCUUCAAAUAUCGAAGAAGACAGGUACUAGCAUAGAAGAGGCUCGUAAAAAGAUCUGGCUUGUUGACUCCAAGGGAUUGGUUGUGAGUUCGCGUAAAGAGUCCCUGCCACACUUUAAGCUUCCAUGGGCUCACGAGCAUGAACCGAUCAGCAAUCUCUUAGAAGCAGUAAAGGAUAUCAAACCGUCGGUACUAAUAGGAACAUCCGGUGUGGGGAGACAAUUUACACAAGAAGUUAUCGAGGCCAUGUCAUCUAUUAACGAGAAACCGCUCAUUAUGGCUUUAUCGAAUCCAACCUCACAAGCCGAGUGUACCGCAGAAGAAGCAUAUACAUGGAGCAAGGGUAAGGCGAUAUUCGCUAGUGGGAGCCCGUUUAAUCCCGUGACAUACGAAGAUAAAGUAUUCGUGCCUGGCCAGGCAAACAAUGCUUACAUAUUCCCAGGAUUCGGUUUAGGGUUGAUCAUGUGUGGCGCAACACGCGUGCAUGAUGAUUUGCUUCUGGCUGCAUCUGAAGGUUUAGCAUCACAAGUAACAGAUGAAAACUAUGCCAAAGGGAUUAUAUUUCCACCAUUUUCUUCUAUCAGAAAUAUUUCAGCACAUAUUGCAGCCAAAGUAGCUGACAAGGCGUAUGAACUCGGUCUAGCUUCUCUUCAACCUCGCCCUAACGAUCUUGUUAAAUUUGCCGAGAGCUGCAUGUACUCACCGGUCUAUCCCAUCUAUCGCUGAUAGCUUUAUUCAUGUGUGUUUUUAUCAUUUACGCCUCGUCGCGUCAUGAAAAAAUAUUAUUUUAAUAUUUGACUAAUAAACAGUUCUAUUAAUACAAGUUUGGAAACAACUCUAUAGCUUUAA